UUUUAUGGCGAAGCGAAGAGUCGUGAAAUCAUCAAACGGUACGAGUUGCGACACUCGCAGCCGACUGCUGGUACUUCCAGUCUCACGCUCCAUGUCCUCGUCACCACGUAUGACAACGUGAGCGGCUCCAAGGACUUUACGUCGGUCUUCAAGAACGUUGAUCGAUGGGAAACCUUGAUCAUAGAUGAGGGCCAGCGGCCUUAUCUCCUUUUCAAGAAGUUGAAUGAGCUCAACACUAUCCAUCGCAUAAUCAUGACAGGGACUCCUCUGAACAACAACAUGCGUGAACUGUUCAAUCUCAUGAACUUCCUCGACCCAGACCAAUGGAAUGAUCUUGCUGCGCUCGAGAAGGAAUAUGAUCAAGAAAACCUAAACGAAGAAUCGGUGAAGGCCCUACAUGAGAGGUUAGGUCCGUAUUUCCUGAGACGGGUCAAGGCCGAAGUGUUGAAGCUGCCGCCUAAGAACGAUGUCAUCGUCCCGUUGUCCCUCACUCCUUUACAGAAAGAGCUGUACAAAUCCGUCCUCAGCAAAAAUGUCACCCUCCUCACCAGUUUAACGCGUUCGCUCGGACAAUCUGUUAAGGGAGCAUCAAACAAGUCGAACAUAACGAACAUUCUCAUGGAGUUACGAAAGUGUAUUCAGCAUCCCUACCUUCUCUCCCCUGAUAUCGAACCCAGAGGACUAAGCCAGCAGGGGACACAUAAGCGUUUAAUCGCUGCUAGUGCCAAACUUCGUCUGCUGGAGGUCCUCUUGCCGAAGCUGAAGGCGCGUGGCCAUCGGGUGCUCUUGUUCAGUCAAUUCGUCAUUGCUUUGGACAUCAUCGAAGACUUCAUAAAUGGGGAAGGGUUCAAGUACCUUCGACUGGUU